UUUAUUCCCGAACCCUAAUCCCGCUUCUCCUCCUCUUCGCGUGCGACGGCUGUGCGGGCGGAAACGCAGCAAAGCUAGGGCUUUGUUCUCCGGCGCCGGCGAAGCCCUUUUCCGGCCAGUCUUCACCCGUGGGUGGGCAUCCCGACGAAGGGAGCUCGGAAGCACAAAGGAGCCGCCGAGAUCUUCCCCUUUCCGCGAACCCUAGAGCCUUCCUCUUCUCGGUUGUAAGUUCAAGAACGCUAAGUCAAUCUGUUCCACUAGUCCGGCCAAUUGAUUCAGCGAGCCAAUAGCUGGUUCUUAUAAUAGAUCCAUGGCGAAGAUUGCGCAAUCCCAGAAUCUGCCUGCUGACGUGAUGCAUCUCAUCGAGCAGCUCGAGCGCCACUGCCUCGCCCCUGAUGGUUCUUAUGUGUCAAAAUCUUCUUUCACCGAACUUCAACUUGCGAGGGAGGAAAUGCUGCGGGAGCGGACAUGCUACUUGGAAGCCAUGGCGGUUUAUGGUGAGGCAAUCACUAUGGUUGAAGAGUACCAGCAGACUGUUUUGGGGGGGAACCUUGGAGGGGUUAAAGACAUUCCUGGUCUCCAUUCUCAUCUCGGGCAGAAGUGCUCCCCUGAGGUUUAUGAUUAUCUUGAGCACCGUCUGGCAGUUGCUGAGGCUGCACAGAGGUUAAGACUUCCCCUUCUGUCUAAAGAUGGGGAAAUCAAUGAGGAGGAAAUAGAGAAAGUUAGUAUGAUUUCAAGGAGCUCUAUUGACAGCACUAUAAGUGUAACUCCAAGCACUAGCUCAAAUUCAACAAGCUAUAAUAACAGUUAUUCAAAUAGCAGUAGCAGUGUCUUGGGAUUUCCAACUCCAGCUAACAGUUCUGAUGCUAUUGAACCUGGAGUUGGUGGGGUGCCAAAUCGUUUUCUUGGAGUAACAGCAGAUUUUCUAUGGCAAGUCCAACAGCAAAAUCCUUCUAGGAAUGUGGAUACGUCAGAGCAUCAGAGAACCCUUGUUCGUGAAAUUGAAUGUCGCUUAGAUGCUAAGUGUGAAGCAUUAGCUGAUAUUUUCACUAUGAAUGAUAAUGACUCGCCAUCACUUAGUCAAAUUUCAAGUGCUCGGCUUCCAGAGAGGGUAAAGUUAAUUAUUGAAGAGAUUGAGAGGGAAGAGGCUGUGUUGUUAGAGGACCUUUAUUCAAUGGACAGGAAGUUUGCAGAGCACUACAAUGUCCUGGAGCAAAUACUUGGAGUGCUUAUCAGGUUUGUCAAGGACCUGAAGUUGCAGCAUCAGCAUCAAUAUGAUGAAUUGAGGAAAACAUGGCUUUGUAAGAGGUGUCAGACAAUGAAUGCCAAACUCAGUGUUCUUGAACAUCUUCUUCUGCGUGACACUUACACUAAGGAUUCUGUUCCAGCCCUGCAUAAGAUACGCAAAUAUUUAUUGGAAGCGACAGAAGAAGCAUCCAUUGCUUACAAUAAAGCGGUCACACGAUUACGGGAGUACCAAGGCGUCGACCCACAUUUUGAUACAAUUGCAAGACAAUAUCAUGAGAUUGUGAAGAAACUGGAAGGAAUGCAAUGGACGAUUCAUCAAGUAGAAAUGGAUUUGAAGCGUUCACUUGAGCACUCAUCCUAAGCACAAGUGGACCGUGGCUUCUCGCCAGGCGGAGGUGUUGUUCCUCCGGUUAGAAGGUAGCAAUGAUCCUCGACCACCACUUCCAUGUGGGGCGCCUUACCCAUGUUAUUUGCAAGGAUUUUUGGUGUUCAAGCCGUGGUUCAUUUGUGACAUUCCAUGGCUCUUUACAUUAAGUGCUAGUGAAAUUAAAUUUGUUGUGAUUUGUGGAAAUUAUUAUAUUCUAUCUAUUAAAUCCUGUGUCUUCUGGUUGUUC